AUGGAGAAAUUAACAAACUAUGAUGAUAGCUUGCGCUAUCCAUUGAGAAAUGGCUUUGCAGGUAGAAGUUUGCUUGUGGAAAGGCCAAAAACUCAGAUGGAGCAAAGAAAGACCACGCCUCUGCCAAUUAGCUUUGAUAACUUCCAAGCACAACAAACUUUUGACUAUAACACUUAUCAGUAUAAUGGAGGAGUUUUUGAAAUAAAAGACCAAGAAUUUAAUUUUGCAGAAAAGGCGAACCAGAAUAGGUGGAUAAUUAGGCUUUCUCCAAUAGAAAAAAGAGUAUCUAUGGGUAAGCAACAUUUAAAACCAAGCAACAAUGAAAACCACCUAAACAUCAAAAAUAUUAUUGAAAAAUCACUAAAAAAAGCAAGAAAAGCUAAAAAACUAAAAGCAGCAGCUCUUUACACAGUUAAAAGAGAAAAAAUGGACCCUAAUAAAACUUUUGAUUCAAAUAGAUCUCGGCACAAAAAGAAAAAAUCUCUAUCCUCCAAAAAUGAUAAAAAUAAUCUCACAAAUCCUUAUAGAGGCUUCUUAAAUAGAAUCCCAACUCUUAACAACCCCUACAAGCGGGCCAGCAAAUCUCGCUCAGGCUCCCUUUGCAGUGAAAAUUUAAAUCCUAAAUCCAAAUCCUACAGAGAAUCUCUCCACAAAGAAAGUGAGAAAUAUUUUAACGGCGUCCAAGAAAUUAUUAAUUAUCUCCCAUACCCUUAUAAAAGAGCUAUUAGACAUAGAGAUUCUAAAGAAAGUGUCUUCACUGACUCUUCUGAAGAAGAUCAUCUAUUAAAUAGCAAGCUAAAUCCUUAA